UUAAACACGAAAAUGAAAGGAAGAGACAGGAUGAACAAAACCCGGAGCUCCGUAUAUCCUAAUCCCCCCAUAUUCGAUUCUCCCAAAUCCCACCGACUCUUACAAAUCAAUCAAAUCUAACACAUAACUCGUAACUUUCAAUUUCAAUAUCUGAGAAGCAACAAGGUUGACAUUUUCUCAGUUCAAAUCCAGCACGCACACUUCACGACGUCCCCCAAUAAAUUCUCUUUGAUUUCAACAACUGUUUAUCAUAAAUCAAUACCGAGAUCGAUCUUUGUUACUGCUGUUCUCUACAUCUUAAUAAUAUUCUCGUUUUGAUUCAGGCAGGUUGGUUCGUUUUCACUUCCUAAUUCAUCAACAACAACAAACCCUCGUUCUACUCGAAUUUCAGCUGCCUUCGUACUUCCGGAGCAUCCAUAUUACUUUGACCAUGGGUGGCAAGUUGACUAAGGGCGAUGAAUCACCUAUGACUUCGGCACCUACAACAAAACUUGAAGCCAAAAUUCUGAAAACAAUGCGUAGCAGAGAAUCUCAAGGAACUUCCAUGAAAUCUUUCAAUACAAUAAUUCUAAAAUUCCCAAAAAUUGAUGCAAGCCUACGCAAGUGCAAAGCUAUAUUUGAACAAUUUGAUGAAGAUAAAAGUGGUUCGAUUGAUCCCAAGGAGCUGAAUCAUUGCUUCCGUGAGUUGAAAAUAGAUUUUACAGAUGAGGAAAUCAAAGAUAUUUUUGAGGAAUGUGAUAUAAAUGAUGACAUGGGGAUAAACUUCAAGGAGUUCAUUGUGAUUCUGUGUCUUGUCUAUCUUUUGAAGAAAGAUCGAUCCAAUUCACGUAUGGGGAUCCCGGAUCUAGAAACAACUUUUGAAACUAUGGUCGACUCAUUUGUGUUCUUGGAUAAAAACAAGGAUGGUUAUGUUAGCAAAGAUGAGAUGGUUGGUGCAAUAAAUGAAACUACUUCCGGGGAGCGAUCUUCUGGGCGCAUAGCCAUGAGAAGAUUCGAGGAAAUGGAUUGGGAUAAAAACGGAAUGGUCAACUUCAAGGAGUUCCUUUUCGCCUUCACUAAAUGGAUUGGGCUUGAAGAUGCCGAAGACGAAGAAGAAGAAAACAUAAACGAGUGAGCAAGGAUCAAGAUUCAUUUAUGCACUUUGUUAAUAGCUUUUGAACAUUAAAACUUGUUUCUUUUAUCUUUCAAGAACACAUUUUGAUUGUUGUAAUGUUUACUUCUUUGUUGUUUUUCUAGAAA